AUGACCGGCAACUCCGAGUUCUACACGGAGUGGACCGAGUCCUUCGACACCUUCGACGAGAUGGGGCUGCACGAGAACCUGCUGCGCGGCAUCUUCGCGUACGGGUUCGAGAAGCCCUCCGCCAUCCAGCAGAAGGGCAUCGUGCCCUUCGGCAAGGGCCUGGACGUGAUCCAGCAGGCCCAGUCUGGAACGGGGAAGACCGCCACCUUCUGCGCGGGCAUCCUGCAGAACCUGGACUACGCGCUGGUGGAGUGCCAGGCCCUGGUGCUGGCCCCCACGCGCGAGCUGGCACAGCAGAUCGAGAAGGUCAUGCGCGCGCUGGGCGACUACCUCGGGGUCAAGUGCCAUGCCUGCGUUGGCGGGACCUCGGUGCGCGAAGACACCCGCAUCCUGCAGGGCGGCGUGCACGUCAUCGUGGGCACCCCCGGCCGCGUGUACGACAUGCUGCGGCGCCGCGCGCUGCGCGCCGACGCCAUCCGCAUGUUCGUGCUGGACGAGGCGGACGAGAUGCUGUCCCGCGGCUUCAAGGACCAGAUCUACGACAUCUUCCAGCUCCUGCCGCCCAAGAUCCAGGUGGGCGUGUUCUCCGCCACCCUGCCCCCCGAGGCACUGGAGCUGACGCGCAAGUUCAUGAACAAGCCGGUGCGCAUCCUGGUCAAGCGCGACGAGCUGACGCUGGAGGGCAUCAAGCAGUUCUACGUGGACGUGGGGAUGGAGGACUACAAGCUGGACACGCUGUGCGACCUGUACGAGACCCUGGCCAUCACCCAGUCGGUCAUCUUCGCCAACACGCGCCGCAAGGUGGACUGGCUGACCGACAAGAUGAGGGAGCGUGACCACACCGUCUCCGCCACCCACGGAGACAUGGAUCAGAACACGCGCGAUGUCAUCAUGCGCGAGUUCCGCUCCGGCUCCUCCCGCGUGCUCAUCACCACCGACCUGCUGGCCCGCGGCAUCGACGUGCAGCAGAUCUCCCUGGUCAUCAACUUCGAUCUGCCCAACAACCCCGAGAACUACCUGCACAGGAUCGGGCGCAGCGGGCGCUUCGGGCGCAAGGGCGUGGCCAUCAACUUCGUGUCUAAGGACGACGAGCGCCUGCUGCAGGACAUCCAGAAGUUCUACAACACCGUGAUUGAGGAGCUGCCCAGCAACAUCAAUGACCUGAUCUGA